AUGUGGCUAAUAUUUUCCCUGAGCGCCUACAUUGUCAUUGUUGUAGUGCAUACAGCUAAUGCAUUUCUCGAACAAAGCGUACGCGUCAGGGGACGACUGCUAUGUGGUUCCCAGCCAGCUUCCAGCAUCCUAGUGAAAUUAGUCGAUAAAGAUAAUGGUCCAAAUCCGGAUGAUUUAAUGGAUUCCUGUUAUACAGAUAGUGGUGGCAAAUUUGAUUUACAGGGCAAUUCAUAUGAAUUAUCGACGAUCGACCCCGAAGUGCGUAUUUAUCACGACUGCAACGAUUACGGAAGGCCAUGUCAAAGGGAAUGGGUUAUCCGUAUUCCGGAUCGUUAUGUAUCUAACGGAGCAGUAGCUCGGAAGACAAUGGAGCUCGGAGAAAUGAAUCUUGAAGUGGAACUUGAAGAUGAAGAUCAAGAAUGUAUACAUCAUUGA